AUGGCUCAUGCAGCAUCCCAGUUGAAGAAGAACAGGGAUCUGGAAAUUAAUGCAGAGGAGGAAACUAAGGAGAAAAGGAGGCACAGGAAACGCUCCAGGGAUCGUAAGAAAAAGUCUGACACAAGUGCGAGUUACCUGAGAGCUGCCAGAGCCGGUAACAUAGAAAAGGCUCUUGACUAUUUGAAAAAUGGUGUGGAUAUUAACGUCUGCAAUCAGAAUGGACUGAAUGCUCUCCAUCUUGCAUCCAAAGAAGGUCAUUUAGAAAUAGUGACAGAACUCAUCCAACGAGGUGUUGAUGUGGAUGCAGCGACCAAGAAAGGAAACACAGCACUUCACAUAGCAUCACUGGCCGGACAAACAGAAGUCGUAAGAAUUUUAGUAACAAAUGGCGCAAACGUCAAUGCACAGUCGCAGAAUGGCUUCACUCCGCUGUAUAUGGCAGCACAGGAGAACCACUUGGACGUUGUAAAAUUUUUGCUAGACAAUGGAGCAAGUCAAAGUCUUGCGACGGAGGAUGGGUUCACACCUCUGGCAGUUGCCCUUCAACAAGGCCAUGACCAAGUGGUUUCUCUUCUUCUUGAAAAUGACACAAAAGGAAAAGUCCGACUGCCGGCUCUACACAUUGCUGCCCGGAAGGACGACACGAAAGCAGCAGCUCUUCUCUUGCAGAAUGACCACAAUGCUGACGUGGAAUCCAAGAGUGGCUUCACACCCCUCCACAUAGCCGCACAUUACGGGAACAUUAAUGUGGCAACUUUGCUCAUAAGCCGGGGAGCAGCUGUGGACUUCACUGCCAGAAAUGACAUUACUCCCUUACACGUGGCUUCCAAGAGAGGCAAUGGUAACAUGGUGAAGCUUCUGCUUGAUCGAGGAUCCAAAAUCGAUGCCAAAACACGGGACGGCCUGACGCCUCUUCACUGUGGAGCAAGGAGCGGCCAUGAGCAGGUCGUGGAAAUGUUGCUGCAAAGAGGAGCCCCGAUUCUUUCCAAAACCAAGAACGGACUGUCACCAUUGCACAUGGCAACCCAAGGAGAUCACCUGAACUGCGUCCAGCUCCUGCUGAUGCAUAACAUACCUGUGGACGACGUCACCAAUGACUAUUUAACUUCCCUACAUGUUGCCGCACACUGUGGCCAUUACAAGGUGGCAAAGGUCCUGCUGGAUAAGAAGGCCAAUCCUAACGCCAAAGCAUUGAAUGGUUUCACACCCCUUCAUAUUGCCUGCAAGAAAAACAGGAUUAAAGUAAUGGAACUUCUCCUGAAACAUGGGGCGUCUAUUCAAGCAGUAACUGAAUCUGGCCUGACACCGAUCCACGUCGCUGCCUUCAUGGGACAUGUCAAUAUUGUUUCUCAGUUAACGCACCAUGGAGCAUCUCCCAACACAACCAAUGUGAGAGGUGAAACAGCACUCCAUAUGGCUGCCAGAGCCGGACAGUCUGAAGUUGUCCGAUACCUUUUGCAAAAUGGAGCUCAGGUAGAAGCUAAAGCAAAGGAUGACCAAACACCACUGCACAUAGCAGCUCGUCUAGGGAAAGCAGACAUAGUUCAGCAGUUACUCAAGCAAGGGGCAAGCCCAGAUGCCUCCACCACCUCUGGUUACACUCCACUGCACCUGGCUGCCAGGGAAGGGCAUGAUGAUGUAGCUUCUGUGCUACUAGAACAUGGGGCUACCUAUGCAAUAGUCACAAAGAAAGGAUUUACUCCACUACAUGUUGCUGCAAAGUAUGGAAAGAUUGAAGUAGCCAAGCUGCUUCUGGAGAAAAAUGCAUCCCCAGAUGCAGCCGGAAAGAGCGGUUUAACGCCACUGCAUGUUGCGGCACACUACGAUAACCAGAAAGUGGCGCUGUUACUCCUGGAUAAAGGUGCAUCACCUCACGGAGCUGCAAAGAAUGGCUACACCCCUCUGCACAUUGCUGCAAAGAAAAACCAAAUGGACAUAGCUACCACCUUACUGGAAUAUGGUGCUGAUGCCAAUGCAGUUACCAAGCAAGGAAUAGCCCCUGUCCAUCUAGCUUCUCAGGAGGGCCAAGUGGACAUGGUGUCUCUGCUUCUCACCAGAAAUGCUAAUGUCAAUGUUAGCAACAAGAGUGGACUGACACCUCUACACUUGGCGGCCCAGGAGGACAGAGUCAGUGUUGCCCAAGUUCUCUGCAACAACGGAGCAGUCACCGACUCCACUACGAAGAUGGGGUACACUCCGUUGCACGUGGCCAGCCACUAUGGGAACAUUAAAAUGGUGAACUUCCUGCUGCAGCAUGGUGCCAAAGUCAAUGCCAAAACCAAGAACGGAUAUACUCAUUUGCAUCAAGCUGCUCAGCAAGGACACACCCAUAUCAUCAAUGUAUUGCUGCAGCAUGGUGCCUCCCCCAAUGAAGUCACUGUGAACGGUAACACCGCUCUCGCCAUUGCCCGAAGACUGGGUUACAUUUCAGUGGUCGAUACAUUGAAGGUUGUGACGGAAGAGACCCUGACUACAGUUAUGGUGACAGAAAAGCAUAAAAUGAAUGUUCCGGAAACAAUGAACGAGGUUCUGGACAUGUCAGAUGAUGAAGUACGUAAAGCCAAUAUACCUGAGAUCCUCAGUGAUGCAGAGUAUUUAUCAGAAGGGGACGAAGGUGAAGAUGCAAUGACAGGUGACACUGACAAAUACCUUGGACCACAAGAUCUGAAAGAGCUAGGGGAUGAUUCUUUGCCCCAAGAAGGUUACAUGGGCUUCAGCCUAGGAGCCAGAUCGGCCAGCCUCCGCUCCUUCAGUUCGGAUAGGUCCUACACACUGAACAGGAGUUCUUUCGCCCGGGACAGUAUGAUGAUUGAAGAACUACUUGCACCUUCAAAGGAUCAGCACCUUUCUUUUACAAGAGAAUUUGAUUCAGACUCACUGAGGCAUUAUAGCUGGGCUGCAGACACUCUGGACAAUGUUAACCUUGUGUCAAGCCCUGUACAUUCGGGUUUUCUAGUAAGCUUCAUGGUGGACGCCCGUGGUGGCUCAAUGAGAGGAAGCCGGCAUAAUGGCAUGAGAAUUAUUAUCCCACCAAGGAAAUGCACAGCCCCAACCCGUAUUACCUGCCGCCUGGUCAAGAGGCACAAAUUAGCAACACCACCAAUGGUAGAAGGAGAAGGAUUGGCAAGUCGCUUGGUUGAAAUGGGCCCAGCAGGGGCUCAGUUUUUGGGACCUGUCAUAGUAGAAAUCCCCCAUUUUGGAUCAAUGAGAAGUAAGGAAAGGGAAUUGAUUGUACUGAGAAGUGAGAACGGAGAGUCUUGGAAGGAGCACCAAUAUGACUGCAAGCUGGAAGAGUUGACUGAAUUGCUGAAUGGCAUGGAUGAAGAGCUGGACAGCGCAGAAGAACUGGAAAAGAAGAGAAUAUGUAGAAUUGUUACAAAGGAUUUCCCACAAUACUUUGCUGUUGUGUCUCGGAUAAAGCAAGAGAGCAAUCAGAUUGGACCUGAAGGUGGAAUUCUGAAGAGUACAACAGUGCCACGAGUCCAGGCGUCCUUCCCAGAGGGGGCUCUGACUAAGAGAAUUAGAGUAGGACUCCAGGCACAACCGGUACCCGAUGAGCUGGUCAAAAAAGUCAUUGGAAACCGAGCUACAUUUAGCCCCAUUGUCACAGUGGAACCCAGGAGGAGAAAAUUCCACAAGCCAAUAACUAUGACAAUCCCAGUGCCCCCGCCAUCAGGUGAAGGGGUAACCAAUGGCUAUAAAGGAGAUACCACCCCAAGUCUAAGGCUGCUGUGCAGUAUUACAGGUGGGACAUCUCCAGCUCAAUGGGAGGACAUCACUGGAACGACUCCUUUAACAUUUGUCAGCGAUUGUGUAUCUUUUACCACCAAUGUGUCUGCCAGGUUUUGGCUUGGCGACUGCCAUCAGAUCCCCGAAACUGUUAGUUUGGCGACACAGCUCUACAGGGAAUUGAUAUGUGUACCUUACAUGGCCAAGUUUGUGGUCUUUGCCAAAAUGAAUGACCCGGUGGAAGCUCGACUACGGUGCUUCUGUAUGACAGAUGACAAGGUGGACAAAACACUGGAACAGCAGGAGAACUUUGAAGAGGCUGCCAGGAGUAAAGACAUAGAAGUACUUGAAGGGAAACCUAUCCAUGUGGACUGCUAUGGAAACCUGGCGCCCCUGACAAAAGGAGGGCAGCAGCUUGUAUUUAAUUUCUAUGCUUUCAAAGAAAAUAGACUGCCAUUUUCUGUGAAGGUAAGAGACCCCAGUCAGGAGCCUUGCGGUCGACUAUCAUUUUUGAAAGAGCCAAAGACAACAAAAGGCCUGCCACAGACCGCCGUCUGCAACCUCAAUAUUACUCUGCCAACCCAGAAAAAGGAAACAGAGUCAGACCAAGAUGAUGAGAUGGAGAAGGUGGAUCGUCGUCAGAACUUUGUGUCUUUAGCCUUGCGUAAGCGAUACAGCUAUCUGACUGAACCUGGAAUGAAACCCAUUGAUCGGAAUGCAGGAGCACCAAGAACUAUCCCUGUUACCUAUUCAUACAAGCCAGGCUUUCCAACAAGACCAUAUCAGUCAUGGACAGCUGCUCCAAUCACAGUGCCUGGGCAGACCAAAUCAGGCUUUACCUCACUAUCAAGCUCUUCUUCUAAUACUCCAUCAGCAUCCCCAUUAAAAUCUAUUUGGUCUGUCUCCUCUGCCUCACCAAUAAAAUCUACACUAGGAGCCUCCACUACAUCUUCUGUUAAAUCCGUUAGUGAUGUAGCAUCUCCAAUCAGAUCAUUUCGGACAGUUGCUUCACCAAUAAAAACUGUUGUCACCCAACCUCCAUAUACAAUUCAUAGCUCUACUGGUUCACCAAUUCGAGCCUCUACAAUUGCAGAACCACCGGCUUUUAAGGGAUUAUCCUCCACCUCUGUUUUUACUUCCAGAACAUCUCCAGUGACCACUGCUGGCUCUCUAUUGGAAAGGUCGUCCAUUACAAUGACCCCUCCAGCAUCUCCUAAAUCAAACAUUAACAUGUACUCUUCAAGCCUCCCUUUUAAAUCAAUCAUUACUUCUGCAGGGUCACUUUCAUCUUCACCUCUAAAAUCUGUGGUUUCUUCCACAGUCUGUACUCCUUCUAAAGUGAACAUUGCACCAUCUCUCUCUUCACCUUUAAAGAUUGGGAAUGGGCCAAAUGAAGUUGGAUUAAUGAAUGGGUCUGCAUCACCACUAAAGUAUCCACUCUGUUCCAAUUAUAUCAAUGGCUCGGCAGUAAAUUUGCAAGACAAGAUAUCAGCAGUUACAAAAUCUGCCACUGCAUCAAUCAAUACAACCAUUGAUACAGCUGAAAAAUGUUACUCCAUUCCCACAACAACCCAAAUGUCAUAUUCACCAAUUAAGUCUUUCGCAUCUACAGCAUCAGCUUUUCAGACAAUAAGAGCUCCCCCUACUGGUGCAGUCUACACAAACUUUAGGUCUUCAUUAUCCUCUACUACCUCAUCUGUUACAUCUUCAACAUUAACUGUACCAGUGUAUUCUGUGGUAAAUGUGCUUUCAGAACCAACCUUAAAGAAGCUGACAGAAUCUGCAUCCUUGACAAAAUCUGCAGCUGCCCUGCUGUCGACAUCAAAAAAUGUAUCAACUGAAGCUAAUCAGUUCAGUCGAAUUUCUUCACCUCUUAAGACAUCCUUGUUUCUCUCCCCUGCUGCCCUCAAAUUAUCUACAACCUCUUCAUUAUCUUCCAGUCAGGAGAUUCUGAAAGAUGUUGCAGAUAUGAAAGAAGACUUAAUAAGAAUGACAGCAAUCCUACAAACUGAUACUACUGAAGACAAACCAUUCCAUUCUGAGUUAGCUAAAGAAGUCAAAAUUGAAGAUGAGGAGCCAUUUAAAAUAGUUGAGAAAGUAAAAGAGGACUUGGUAAAAGUCAGUGAAAUUUUAAAAAAAGAUGUCUUCUUAGAAAAAAGGACAUCUUCCUGUGACCAGGGGCAAUCACCAGAAGAUGAUUGGGUAGAAUUUAGUAGAGAGGAAAUUGAAGAAGCUAGAGAAGGUGCUAGCAUAAGUCUGCCAUUACACCCACUAGAAAAAGUAGAUUUGAAAUCUAGAACUUUAUCAGAAAAAGACUAUCAUUUAACAAAAGUAAUUGAUUACUUAACAAAUGACAUUGGUGGGAGUACAUUUUCAACUCUUAAAUACAAGUAUGAUGAUGGGAAAAAAGAAGGAGAAGAGAAACAAAAAAGGGUUCUGAAACCAGGUAUAGCUCUGCAGGAUUAUAAACUUAAAAUGCCACCAUCAUCAAUGAGAUCGUCAGCAUCAGAAAAAGAGUUGUGCAAAAUUGCAGACUCUGUAUUUGGAACAGACAUGAUUUUAGAAUCUCCAGAUGAUUUUUCACAACAUGAGCAAGAUAAAAGCCCUUUAUCUGAUAGUGGAUUUGAAACAAGAAGUGAAAAAACCCCAUCGGCUCCACAGAGUGCAGAAAGCACUGGUCCCAAGCCACUUUUUCAUGAUGUACCUAUUCCACCAGUUAUUACAGAAACAAGAACAGAAGUAGUUCAUGUUAUAAGGAGCUAUGAGCCAUCAACUGGGGAGGUUGGAGAAGCUGACAAAAUUGAACCACCACAGUUAAAACACAAUAAAACAUUCAUGGAGUUAGAACAAAAUCAAUCUGGACCUUUAAAAGUCAAAAGUAAGGGGUUUCAGCUGAAAACCGGGAUGGAUGAAGAUGACCAUGCAGGGAUUCUGGGGAAGGGAGUACGAGUAAAAGAAGAAACUCAUAUAACAACUACUACAAGAAUGGUGUAUCAUCCUCCUCAAUCUGCUGAAAAGUCAGAAAGAAUUGAGGAAACCAUGUCUGUUCAUGACAUAAUGAAAGCUUUUCAGUCAGGCCGUGAUCCAUCUAAAGAGCUGGCAGGCCUCUUUGAACAUAAAACAGUAGCUUCAGAUGUUCAGAAGCCUGCUGACACUUCACAACAUGCUGAAAGGGACAUCAAAAUGAAACCAAAACUGGAGCGCAUAAUUGAGGUCCAUAUUGAAAAAGGUAACCAAGCUGAGCCUACAGAAGUCAUUAUUAGAGAAACCAAAAAACACCCAGAGAAGGAAAUGUAUGUUUAUCAAAGGGAUUUAAGUCAGGGAGAUUUUAACAUCAAAGAUAUGGUAACAGAAAGAAAUAAAAUGUUUCCAUGUUCAGAUGAACAGGGACAGGGAGAAGAAGAGGAGUUGACUGCUGAGGAGUCUUUACCAUCUUAUUUGGAGUCCUCAAGAGUAAACACACCAGUUUCACAAGAAGAAGAUAGUCGUCCAAGUUCUGCCCAACUUAUAUCAGAUGACUCAUAUAAAACACUCAAGUUACUGAGUCAGCAUUCAGUAGAAUAUCAUGAUGAUGAGUUAUCAGAACUACGAGGGGAAUCAUACCGAUUUGCUGAGAAAAUGCUCCUUUCUGAGAAACUAGAUGACGCACAGGAGUCUUUGACGGACCAUGCUUUACUUCUUGGAUCUGACUUUCAUCUACCUGAAAAACAAUGCAGAGAAAAAACAAUCACUACUCCUAAAAAGGAAAUUCUUUCCAAAAUAUAUAAGGAUGUAGCCGAAAAUGGUUUAGGUAAAAUGUGCAGUGAUGACUCUGUUGAUAAAGUGACAGUAAUACAUUAUGCUGGAGAUCCUAAAAGCCCUAAACAUGCAAUGUGGAUGCGAUUUACAGAGGAUAGGCUAGAUAGAGGUAGAGAAAAGUUAUUGUAUGAAGAUAGGGUGGAUAGGACAGUUAAAGAAGCAGAAGAAAAACUGACUGAAGUGUCACAGUUUUUUCGGGACAAAACAGAAAAGCUAAAUGACGAGCUACAGUCACCAGAGAAGAAGCCAAACAAAAAGACCGGUAAAGCUUAUAAUUCAGGCCACCAUUCUAUUAACAGUAGUCCAGAAAAACUAAAGGUUACAGAUUUCAGGACUUCCAGUGAAGACUGGACUAAAAUGCACCAAUUUUUGCAAGAUGGAAAGUAUUCCACCUUAGCUGAUGACCGAAAAGCAACAAGUUUGCCUUGUAGUCCUGAGAAAAGGAUGUUUGACCACAAGGCAGACAGUCAACAAUCAGGCUCACAAUCUGGCUUUCAACUAAAACAGUCAAAACUUAGCUCUAUUAAAUUAAAAUUUGAGCAAAGUAUAAAUCCCCAAAACAAGGACAAUAGCCAGGAUGAAAAAAAACAUGAGACCCCAUCAAAGAUUCCGGUUAAGAAAACACAGGACAGUCGGCUUCCAUUUUUUCAGUUUCAUUCAAAAGAUAAACCACAAAAGACCAUUGAGGAAAUGAAUGGAGAGCUGCCCUUGCUGACGGAGUCAAUUUCAGAAGCCAUCAAUGAAGAAUGUUUAAAAUUUAAAGAAAAGAUUAAAAAUAGUAGUGGAUUUUUAGAUCACAAAGCUGAUAAAUUAAUUGGAGGACUAAUGGAUCAGUUUCCACAGCAGUCAGUGACCAAAGUAUCUGGCACUAAAGACUCCCCUGAAAAUAAAACUUAUAGAACAUGGGAGACAUCUGGUACACUUAAUCAAAAUACACAGAAGGAAAAACUGACACACGUGUUCAUACAGGACAAAGGAGCAGAAAUUAAUGGAUCCCAUCACUCAAGCUCUGAAACUGAUAAAGACAAACUGUUGCCCAAAUUUGUAUCUUGUACAGCUGAUACAAAUGAAAGUGUUAAGUCUCCUUCAAAAAAACUUUUGUACACAGAACUUGCUCGAAAGGAUGUAGGAAAUAUCAGUGAUGAAAAAUAUGAGAACAAGAAGGAAGGGCCAAAUGUAUCACACAUCCCUGUCCGAGUCUCUGAAGAAAAGAGAGUGUUGCAUAGUGCAGACAGGCCUAAUAGCCAUUCAAAGCUAGAAAACAACAUUAAUAGAACAUCUUCACUACCUAUAAACAAGCAGAUACAGCCUGAUAUACUACAUUCCACACUUGUUGCUGAGGAAAGUAACAGGCGUACAGAUAAGGCCCAAGUUUACCUGGGGUUGUCGCCUUCUACUGAAGAUAACGAGAUAUCCCCUGUUAAGUCCCCAGAUUCUUUAGAAAUGAGUCCCGUCAGGGAAGACUUAGCCAAUAUUCAUGCCUCUAUGCCAGCAGGGUACCACAGAAAUUCAACAGGAAACACUGAGGUGUUAAAGGAAAUAAAAACAUUACCCGUUUAUGUUAGCAUUGUACAAGUAGGAAAACAAUAUGAGAAAGAAGUACAACAAGGAGUUAAAAUGGUAGCUAACCAUGAGAGUAGGGCAGUUCAAGAAGGAAGAGGAACCCUCUUUAGUAUUAAACCACAGAAACAACCCUCAUCUCCUCAGGGCAGCCCAGAGGAUGAUACCCUAGAACAAGUGUCAUUUAUAGAUAGCUCAGGGAAAAGUCCUUUAACUCCAGAAACACCCAGUUCAGAGGAAGUUAGCUAUGAAUUUAAUUCUAAAACCCCUGAUUCACUAAUGCCAUAUAUACCAGGAAAACCUAGCCCUAUUCCAGAAGUCUCAGAAGAGUCAGAGGAGGAAGAAUUAGUCAAACUUCCAUCAAUUAAGCAGAGCAUUCCAGAUGCUAUAAAUUCUGAUAUAGCAAAGCCAGUUAACAUUAGCAAAGACUUAAACAAAAGAUCAAAAGACAACAGAGUUGCAUAUAUUGAGUUUCCACCUCCACCACCUUUAGAUUCUGAGCACAGUGACUCUAGUAAAAAAAAUACGGAAAAUUCAACAGACAGUGAAAUGGAACUAACUGAAGUUAAUCUGCAAGAUGACCAUGACAAGUUGCUCUCAGCUGAGCCAGUCAUACGGGUACUGCCACCAUCUCCUGUUCCCCCUGAAUUAGAUAUCAGUGAUUCAAGUGAUGACGAAUCGGUUCUUCACCCCUUUGCUGUUAAAAAGUAUACAUUUAAAAUUAAAGAUGAAGAGAUAAAAGAAUGUACAAAAAUAAAUUCUUCUGUGAAGUCUAGUACUUCAAAACAACCUCAAGAGUCAGAUAUGGGCUUAAAUGCACCAUCUAAUGACCUUGAACAAAAUGGUAAUAACGACCAAUCUGUCACAGAGUGCUCCAUAGCAACCACUGCAGAAUUUUCACAUGAUACUGAUGCCACAGAGAUUGAUUCUCUAGAUGGCUAUGACCUGCAAGAUGAAGAUGAUGGUUUGACAGAAAGUGAUACUAAACAUGGACCAAGUCAAGAUGUGGAAGUUAGAAAGGAACCAUGGACAAAAGAAGGAAUGCUGAAACACAGCGACCGUAGUUUUAGUCAAAGUAAACUUGAAGUUAUUGAAGAAGAAGAAAAAGUAGUAAUUGAGGAGUAUAAGCCAUGUAGAAAAAUAUCUGAUGAUGAAAAGAAAACUGAAUCUGGUGACAAGAAACAAGGAGCACUAUUUUUUACUUUGGAAGGAAGGCAUCCAGAAAGACAAGUGUUUCCAGACACAUAUUUUAGUUAUAAAGUGGAUGAAGAGUUUGCAACACCUUUUAAAACGGUAGCUACAAAGAGCCUUGACUUUGAUCCAUGGUCUAGUAAAGCAGGAGAUGAUGAUGUAUUUGAACCCAAAUCCAAAGAUGAGGAACCAAAGCCUUUUAGUCUGGCUGUAGAAGAUCGAUCUCAAGCAACUACACCUGAUACAACUCCAGCCAGAACUCCUACAGAUGAAAGUACUCCAACUAGUGAGCCCAACCCCUUCCCAUUUCAUGAAGGGAAGAUGUUUGAGAUGACUCGCAGUGGUGCUAUUGACAUGAGCAAGAGGGAUUUUGUUGAAGAAAGACUUCAAUUUUUUCAGAUUGGUGAGCAUAAUUCUGAAGGGAAGUCAGGGGUCAAGGGGGAUGGGGACAAAAUUAUUGCCAUCACACUUCCACAGUCAGGGGACAUCUUGAUAGAACCCAUCCUAGAAAAAAAAGUAGAGACAUCUACAGUUGAACAUGCUACCAUCAUCCAGGGAAGUGGAGAUCGUCUUGAAGGAACACAUGGUAAUAAUUCACUGGAAAAACCAGCUACUACUACCAAUUGUAAAGUUGAUCCUAAAUUGCGUAUGCCUAUAAAGAUGGGCAUAUCGGCCUCAACAAUGACCACGAAGAAAGAUGGCAUGGGAGAAGUGACAGAUAAAAUAGAGGCUGUGCCAGAUUCCCAUAAUUUAGAUAAUGAGAGCAAGACUAUUUUCACAAACAUAACAACCAGUGAGACAAUUAUUAGGCACAUAGAAAUCCAUGAUUUUCCAGCAGAAAAUUAUAACAACAACAAUAACUUGGAUUCAUUAGCUUUAAAUGUAAAUAAUAACACAAUUAAUUUGGUUCUUAGUGAAGAAUGUGAAUCCAAGCCUUUGAAUAAACUAACUAAAACAAAAGUAAAUAUAGAUAAUGAUCUAGGGACAUCCAAUGAAAACAUUAAUAGGGAUAAGAAGAAACCCCAAAGAAAUGAGCAGAAGUUGGCAGAUCCAGCAGGGAAUAGGCCAAGGUCUAAACUACCAGUCAAAGCCAUAUCAGUAAGGCCAGUUAAUGAUCGAAUAAGCAAUACAAACACAUCAGGUGUUAAAAGAAGUUUGCCUAGUAAGGUUGAAAAAGAAACAAGGCAGGGAAACAUUUCAAAUACAGAAAUAAGGUCUAAAAUACCAAUUAAAAAUGUAAAUAGAGUCAACCCACCUAUACAAAGAAAAGUUGCACCAAAACCUAGACAGACACACAUAGAGAAGGAGUCAAGCAAACCAGCUCCUUCAAAAUUACCAGUAAAGGUAAGAUCUUUGCCCACUGCCACGUCAGCAGCCAAAAUAAAGAAACAUGAGUUCAGUGAGGUUUGUAAACAUUCUAUUGAAUAUUUUAAGGGAAUUAGUGGUGAGACAUUAAAGCUUGUGGAUCGCUUUUCUGACGAAGAAAAAAAGAUGCAGCCUGAAAUCUCUGAUGAUGAAGACAGUACAUCACGAAAUACAUCACUAUCUGAAGCCACCCAAGUGUCCCAGCCUUCGUUAACAUCGAGGUCUGCUAAAGAAAUGAAAGCAGACACAACAACUUUAAAAUCAAAGAUUGAAAAGACCGACAGUGAGAGAAGGAGCAGUAGAAGGACUGGUCCUCAGAGUCCAUGUGAGCGGACGGACAUAAGGAUGGCCAUAGUCGCUGAUCAUUUGGGACUUAGUUGGACAGAACUUGCAAGAGAACUGAAUUUUUCAGUGGAUGAAAUUAAUCAAAUUCGUGUUGAAAAUCCUAAUUCGCUGACUACACAAAGCUUUAUGCUGUUGAAGAAAUGGGUUAUCAGAGAAGGCAAAAAUGCAACAACUGAUUCCUUAACCAAUGUCCUGACAAAAAUCAACCGAAUAGAUAUUGUGACAUUGCUGGAGGGUCCAAUUUUUGACUAUGGGAACAUUAGUGGCACUAGAAGCUUUUCAGAUGACAACAAUGUGUUUAAUGACCCUUCUAUUGAUGGUUGGCGAACAGAAGCAACAAGCAUUCAUGUGGAACAAUCAAUGCCUGAGCGGAAACUCAAUAGUGAACUGUUAGAGCGAUUGGAUGACAGCCAUGAGUCAAUUACCUCAUAUCUCAAGGGAGAAGUAGGAAGACUGGGCUCUAAUGUUAGUCCUUCUGAGUCAGUAACAGAAGGUAAAACGAGUUCCAGAUGUCCGGAGAAAGAACCUGUGAAACUGAACGAAAAACAGAAACCAAAAAUAUUCCAAGGCAAAGUGGAACAGACAACACCGUCAGUAGGACAUCAGAAAUUUCCAGAGAUGACAAGCAAGUCAGUAAUUGGAGAGCAUAAGAGCUCACUGCCCAUUAGUGCAAAACGGACUGGCUUGGAGGAAGGAAAAUCCAAGCCUUCAUCUUCUGGUAAAACAUGCCUAAAAUGCAUUUAUCAGGAUUCUAGUGACAGUGAAUAUGAGAGUGGGUCGAGUUCAGAUGAGGAACGAAGAAUCACUACAAAAAUUACUCGGCGACGGCUGAUUUACAAGGGGGAGGAAGUUAAAAACAUUCCCGUUGAAUCUGUUACUGAAGAACAAUACACAGAUGAAGAAGGCAACAUUAUCACCAGAAAAGUGACAAGGAAAAUCGUGAGACGGGUUGUGGUUCCACAGGAGAAAAAAGUUGGUGGAACUGUAAUGGUUGGGAAUGAUGGGCAUAAAGUGAAGACCAAGAAGGAGGUCAGACACAUUGAGAAGAAAAGUUAUUCUUAAUACCAUUGUGAUUCAGGAUGAAUGGAUACUGCCAGUAUUCAGAAGAAAAAACUAAUUAGUGGAGAACACUGAAAAACAAACAAAAGAGUGUGUGUUUGCCGCUUCCACACAUUAACCGCAUGGGUUUUUUUUAUGCAAGAAACCUUUAUUUUAGCAUGAGCCAAUUAUACAGAGCAUGGGAAAUCACCUUCAUUCGGAUGGGGUCAAGGAGUGUGUAGUUUACAAUGCAGUGUACAUAUUAAAUACCAUGCUGUUAACGUCAUCUCUUCAAGAAUCCGGAUUUUCCUGGAGCUGGGACACCACCGAAGAUGAUGACCUUGGAUGGACUCGUGAAAGACACAAUAAUCACUCAAUAAGCAACAGUUCGCCUUAUUUCACAUGUACCCCAAAAACUGGGGUCUAAAAUGCUCUCGAUUUUCUUUUAUAAAUCAUCAAUGGAUUUGCUGUAAAUAAGUGACACUUGUAUAAAACUCUAACAAGACUACAACUCAUGUUAAUAAUGCACCGCCUGGUAACUACUUACCAACCGAAGAUCACUCACAUAACCAUAUAACCUGAUAGGUGUCUGACAAUACUUCACCGAUAGGGUAUAUACUGGGUGCGUCUUCACCAAAUCUUGUAUAUUAUCAAUUCAAUUGUUUGUAUAUGAAAAAAAAAAAAACUAAGCCAAGCAGAUUUUACACAAAUUUCUUUAAUUCUGCUGCAAUGUGUAACAGUACACGACAAACAGGGACUUCUGCUAUCCUGAAUCAUUUUCUUCAGAUUAAUAUUUUGGUGCAUGUAUCACUCACUUUACUUUGACUUAGCCUUUGUUCAACUUUGCGAAAAGCUACACUAGAACACAAAGCGACAUCAGAGCUAUCGACACAAGCCCUUUAUUUAAUGGGAUUGCUGUUGCCAACCCCUUCAUGAACUUUUACAAUGAAAAUAAUAAUAUAUUGUACAGUAGUGCGUAGUCACAGGCACUUACUGUAUUGCUUUUACAAGGGUGCGGCAAUGGCUUGAGGUUUUAGAGAUGAUGUUGUGCUUAAGCCAAGAACAAAAGGAAACUGAAAAAGGAACAAUUAGAUCUUAGGCAGGCGACAUGAUGUAAAGUCCUUACUGUAUUGUGUACUGGCUAUAAAGAUGUAGACUCUAUUCAGUAAAGCCAAUCAUCUGUAUUCAUUCUAGCAGUGUAAUAUUAGGUUGUUAAAUGCUGCUGUGUUUUAAAAGGGCAUUUUUAUUUUUUUGGGUUUUGGUGAAAUCUUUUUGUUGAUUAUAUUCAUAUGAAAACAGCAUUCAUUGAUAAUAGCUCUAAUAACAAUGUAUGAAAUCAAACACUGGAUGAUCUAGUUGAUUAUUUAAAACAAAAAUAAAUUGUGUUUAAAAUGG